AUGCCUCCAUCCAAUUUAAUUUGUGCCUGCUGUAAUAAAUCGUUCAAGCUGAAUAUGAUGAUCAAAUGUACAGUUUGCAUGAAGGCUUUUAGGCAUUUAUGUGUCACUUUAACUAUUGAUGAGGAGAACAUGUUAAAUGACCAAAGCAAAGGCUACUCGUGGACAUGUUCUAGCUGCAGAAAUAUCAAUAAUCAAAUCAACGACCUGAAGAAGCUGAUUUUGUCCCUUCAAGAUGAUAUCAAGGCUAUCAAAGGGGGAAAUGGUGCAACAACACAUGAUCCCAAAGAUAGUUUUGUUUUUGAGGAACUUAUCGAGGAAAUAAACAACAGAAACUCUCGCAAGCGAAAUGUGAUAAUUUUCGGCUUGCCAGAGCAAGAUCAAGCUGACGUGCCUCCAACCCGUUUAACCAAGGAUAAGUCACAGGUUGUUGAUGUCCUGAAAGUUGUUAAUUUGAAUGUGCAUGCCAAUGAAGUAAAAUCUCUCAGACUUGGGCGGUUUGAUCAAAGCAAAUGUCGUCCGAUUAAAUUAUUCCUAAAAGAUGAAGAUGUAACGUCAUCAGAAAUGCAAAAAACUUGA